CGAGGGUUUAAACUUUAAAUCACUAUAAUCAAUCCACCAAAUUAAUUUGUUUCUUUUAGACUCUUGACCUAGCCAAAUUUCCCGGCGACUGUAAACGUCAAUGGAUUCCGACGUGACGAUGGUUCCGGCCAGUGACGCAUCUAGUCUUCCAGGACCUUCUUCAUCUUCAGCCGUGGCCUCUUCUUCUUCGAAGAAACCCAAGCGUUUUGAAAUCAAGAAGUGGAACGCCGUCGCACUUUGGGCUUGGGAUAUCGUGGUUGACAACUGCGCGAUCUGUAGAAACCACAUCAUGGAUCUAUGUAUCGAGUGCCAAGCUAAUCAGGCCAGCGCUACCAGCGAGGAGUGUACUGUGGCUUGGGGUGUAUGUAACCAUGCUUUCCAUUUCCACUGCAUUAGCCGCUGGCUAAAAACACGCCAAGUUUGCCCUCUUGAUAAUAGCGAGUGGGAGUUCCAGAAAUACGGUCACUAGAUAUAAUCGUACUGGGCAGGCGGGCAGCAGGUAGCGGGCAGGGGCAGAGACGUUUGUUAAUGGAAAUGGAAAUACUCGUACUUUUGUUAAUGUCGUAAUGAAGGAAUAUCAUGAGAUUGUGUAAUUCGUAGCAUGUUUUAAAGUUUCUUAUGCAAAGAAUAAUCUAAAAUCAACUAGAAAAAUAUCCAUAUCGUACAUAUAAUUAUAUCAAUAAAAGCAUGAACACGGGUUACAACAACAACGACAAAAUGAACAUUUGGGGCAUGAUGGAUUGCAACUACAGGUUAUCUCGGGACACUUACAGUGUCCCGAGAUACGUGGCUUCUUCUGUUGGGUGCUGCCAAAGCAGCAACAACAGUUUGCUGACGGGCAGCAUCUACGGUUGCUUUUUGUUUUGCAACAACCACAAUAGCAACAACACAAUAACAUGGAACCGAACUUUUUCCUGAUUUAUUUAAGUUUUCCAAGAAAAAGAGAUUAUGAUUAGUAGGGG